UGUGGGACUCAGCAUUCAGUCUGCAAAGUUCACUGGGGAACCAGACGUUCAGUUGAAGAAGAGUCUCUAUUUGUACCAGGAUCACAAACACUGUGGAAAAGUGGACUAUUUGUUUUUUACAUUUAACCAGCUGUUGCAGCAGAAAUGUCAGGGAUUCGGAAGAAGCUGGUGAUUGUUGGAGAUGGAGCUUGUGGGAAAACGUGUCUUCUUAUAGUUUUUAGUAAGGACCAGUUUCCUGAGGUUUAUGUCCCUACAGUAUUUGAGAACUACAUUGCAGAUAUCGAAAUUGAUGGAAAGCAGGUGGAGCUUGCAUUGUGGGAUACUGCAGGCCAAGAGGACUAUGACAGACUGAGACCUCUCUCUUACCCCGACACAGACGUCAUCCUUAUGUGCUAUUCUAUCGACAGCCCCGAUAGUUUAGAGAAUAUUUCUGAAAAGUGGACUCCUGAGGUGAAGCACUUCUGUCCCAAUGUUCCAAUCAUCCUGGUGGGGAAUAAGAAAGAUCUGCGUAACGAUGAAAACACACGAAGAGAACUGGCCAAGAUGAAGCAGGAGCCGGUAAAGACAGAAGAUGGAAAAGAGAUGGCCAUUAGGAUCAAAGCUUUCGGCUUCUUGGAGUGCUCUGCAAAGACGAAAGAUGCUGUUCGUGACGUGUUUGACAUGGCAACAAGAGCAGCCCUGCAGGUCAGAAAGUCCAAUAAAACUAUCAAAGGCUGCAUGCUGCUGUGAGCCACACCCAGGCCUAACAGCCUUUACUGACCAGUGAAACUAAAGCAGGAUGCACCAAAGGACUGACUUUUCAUCAAAUGGAUCUUUGUACUGUAUCUCUUUUUUUUUAAUUUAAGGAAGAAACAAACUGGCAGGCAAGUGGGUUGAAGACAAACAUACAAAGUACAGGGAAUGGGCAUUAUUGUAUAUUAUUAUGACUAAAAGUGAUGUUUAAAGCCUUUUUUUUGUUGCUGCUUUUGUUCCAUUCUGUUAUUUCUAGACUUGCUGUGUUUUUCUACUCGGGUAUUUUUUUUUUUUAAGCCUGGGCAAACACCAUCCUUUUCAGCUUCUGUUGUCUUUACAGAAAUAGUCCGGUGUUACAAGUCCAGCUAUGUUUACAAGGGAAAUGCCCUUUAACUGGUAGAGCUAUUGCCUGCUUUAACUUUGCACAUACACAUCUAUGUACCCUGCAUUUUUAAUGGGCUAAAAUAUGAACGGAGGACCUUUUCGAUAUGUUGUAACAAAUCAAAACAGUUAGCUCCUCUGGCAGAUACAGAAAAUGGCUGCUUGGGCUCCUGUACAUUCUCAGGUUUAUGUCUACAAACAGUAUACACUCACCGGCCACUUUAUUAGGUACCCCAUGCUAGUAACGGGUUGGACCCCCUUUUACCUUCAGAACU